UUCCUGCAGUGGGGGAGCUCGAGGUAGGUGGCGUCGGUUUGGGGCUCUGGUGCUCAGCUGUUUUUUUUCCUUUGCCCCCUUUUCUCCCCUUCUCUUGAAUAGUUUGAGGAGUUUCGCUGUAAUAGCCGCCAACAUGAGCGAUUCCGAAGAACAAACAUACAUCGAAAGGGAUUCACGUUCUCCAUCUAAAUCAGCAAGUUCAAGUCUUCGUGGAUCUGGCAAGUCUGCCAGCCAGUCUCCAGCAAAUUCUGCAGAACGCUCUCAUUCUAAGGAUGGGUCAAGGCACUCCCGGUCCAAGUCACGGUCACGUUCACGAUCCAAAUCCAGCAGGUCAAUAUCUCGGAGGAGUUCUCGGAGGCGUUAUUCAAGGUCUCGAUCCCGAUCUCGCUCUCGCCGUAGGAGAUCCAGGAGCAGGUCCUACAGCCCUGACUAUAGGCGACGUCGUAGCCACAGUCGCUCGCCCAUGUCAAACCGAAGGCGCCAUAUUGGUAAUCGGGCUAACCCUGACCCCAAUACUUGUCUGGGAGUUUUUGGACUGAGUCUAUACACCACCGAGCGAGAUCUAAGAGAAGUCUUUUCAAGAUAUGGCCCUCUUGCAGGUGUCAAUGUUGUUUAUGAUCAACAGUCAAAUCGCUCCAGAGGCUUUUCUUUUGUCUACUUUGAGAAUGUUGAUGAUGCUAAAGAGGCUAAAGAACGUGCAAAUGGAAUGGAAUUAGAUGGACGCAGGAUUCGUGUUGAUUUUUCCAUUACUAAAAGAGCUCAUACACCUACCCCUGGUAUCUACAUGGGAAGACCAACUUAUAGUUCACGUCGCAGAGACAGUUAUGACAGAUAUGACAGAUACGAUGACCGAGAUUAUUACAGCAGGUCCUACAGGAGGCGUUCUCCCUCUCCAUAUUACAACAGAGGUGGCUAUCGUUCUCGCUCCAGAUCACGCUCCUACUCACCACGUCGUUACUGAAGAUCCUUUUUAUCCAAAUCGCAAACGUAAGGCCAACAGACUUGUAGCUGAUCAAUUUGCUGAAGAUUUCUUUUGAAUGAUAUGAUUAUUUUUAGUCAUGUUUGUGUUUGGAUACCCCACCCCAGUGUUUAGUGCGAAACAAUGUUCUGGUUGUACUGGGUUGUUAUCAAUAAAAUAACUCUUUGUUAUAUUCUUGGGCUAGAACAAUAUGCUUUGUAAUCAUAAGCAGCUUCGAGUGUAGAGAACAUAAUGAGAUGUUAAAAUACUGAGCUGCUGCAAUUCUUUCAUUAAAUAAAAAAAUGAAGUUUGGUGAAAUUAAUAUUGAUGUAUAAGGUUCAAUUUGUACUGGUGGCGACCUUCAUUUCUUUUUCUGUUUAGUCCCAUGAAUUCUGAAGUUUUUAUUUACAAUGUGAAUUUUUAGAUCUUAAAUUUCUCAAAAAAACAAUACAAAUUGUUACAAGUUAAUGUUCGAACAAACUCUUGUGUAAGUAUGUUGAAUGGAAUUCUGACUUUAAGAUUCUACAAAAAAAAAACUUCAGCUUCACUCACAAGAACUUGGGAAAAGGCAACACUUACACCAUGCCUCUCAACUAAUGGCAAUUAACUGAAUUUGGUUAACUACUGACUUUUUUAAGUUCCUUCAGAUUAAGUUAUUUGAUUUUUUUUUCAUGGGGCUAUUUCUGUAUCCCAUAGAGUAAUAUUUGUUCGUAUCCAUAAAUCUGGGUUCAUGUUGUAAAGUCUGUUCUGUAAAAGGAUUUGUACCAGUGCACAAUCUGUGGUACCGAAUAGAAGUGUGUGAAAUGCUUUUAAAUAUCUGAUACAAAAUUAACAUUAAACUUCAGCAGAAAUUGCCUUG